AAUUGCGGCCGCUCUUUUCUGCUACACACGAGUACUUGGUACUUACUCACUUGGUACUCAUUACAUAUUUCACUUUCACUCAUCACCGCGAGUUUACUACAAUGCCGCCCAUGCCCGCAGCAAACAGAGCACAAGAACCUUCCACAUGGCAAAAACUGAAGUAGGUCCUAGCUAUAGCUACCCCAUAGCAUAACCCUUUUCAAAUAUACCCUUUAUUUCAGAAUGGGCGCGAUGAUGGGCGGAGGCGUCGGUCUGACGAUCGGUUUCAUUUUUGGAUCAUACAGCAUCCUUCGAAAUGGUUCCGGUCCUCGAGGGUUGCUAGCUACGCUUUCGCAGUACAUGCUUAGCAGCGCCGCGACUUUCUCUUUCUUCCUUGCUAUCGGUUCCGUCAUCCGUAAUGACGCGCUCCUACCACCACACAUCGAAGCCGCCCGUCUCCAACUCCUUCCUCCACUCGUGCGCUCUAAGGCUGAAGGCGCUAUGCUAGUGCGUGCACGCUGGGACGCAGAAAGGGCGCGAAGAACAACUGCGUAGUGCAUGUAUUAAGACCUAUAUGCGUUGAUACAUGGUUCAGAUAAGAAUAUGAAUG